AUGGCGACACCAAAAACAUACGACUUUGCAGACGACUUCAAAACACUAUACAUCCCAAAGCAAAAGCCCGAACCAGCCCCUGUGCCCGAGGACAUGAAAGCCUUGGUCCAAAGCUACCCUCCCCUAAGCCAGGUGACCACAGUCAACGACCCUGAUGGCGUCCCCUUCACUGCUCUCUUAGAAAUACCGAUAUUUCGGGCUGAGGAAAGCUGGGAAAUUGCCUUGUGGCACUCCAUUGAUGGCCAAGACUGGACCGAGCAUGAAGUACCCAGGAUCAAAAGUGACAAGGCACCGCAAGCUCUGCACGCAGACUCAGAAGCCGUCUCGAGGAUAUACUUUGCAACAAAUGUGUCGUUUCAAAAGUCACUGCGUUUCACCAUCAAGUUCCGCCCCAGCGUGGAUGAACCGUGGAGAUGGAUCCGUGACGAGCAGGGGCUGGAAGAUGGCCACAUCGUGCUCCUCCCAGCUCCCUCCGAGUCUGACAAUCUAAAUGACCUCAUAUUUGGACUUGUUCCUUCGUGGACAGUCAAGUCUCAUAUGAGCCAAGCACCGAGAACCCAAUUGUGGUCUCUUCGACUCACAGUACCUCCCGCCUCGAACGAUAACUCUUCGAACAGUUUUCUCCAUCUCGGGAAGCCUUGGGGUUCAUUUCUGAGGUGGUUUGCGAUUGUCCGGUUGUGGUCCCCUUGGUUAGCACCGCGCCAUGGAAGGACAGACUUCUCGCUGGACAAGGACGCAAUACUGCUGGCUUUCCAAAGCCCAGAAGGCAGAAACAUGGUUCUGCUGGCCGUUUCGGGAAUCAACGAUACGACACCUGUCUUUCAAAGCACGUCCGACGGUACCAUUGCGGUAAACGUCCGGAAUGACUCCGUCUCGGAACAGGAGUGCGUGAUUCUCGUGUCGGAAGGAAAUGACUUUGAAAAGGCUGUUGCCGCCGUCAUGUAUCACGCAAGAUCGCUUGUCAUGAAGGCACGGGGCAAGAACGAAGCCCUGGAAGUCGAACUGAAGGCUCUCUCCGACGCAGUUCGACCAGAGUGGCUUGAUGAAUGGUACGACGGACUCGGAUACUGCACCUGGAACGCCCUUGGCCAAAGGUUGACUGAGGAAAAGAUUGUUGACGCAAUCGACAAACUGAAAGAGCACAAUAUUGGCAUCACCUCUCUGAUUAUUGACGACAACUGGCAGUCGAUCGACUACAAAGGGGAGAGCCAGUUCCAGUACGGAUGGGUCGAUUUCGAAGCAGAGCCGGAAGCAUUUCCCAACGGCCUCAAGGCAGCCAUUCAGAAGAUCCGCCAAAAGAACCCAAACAUUCUACACGUCGCCGUCUGGCAUGCCCUGCUGGGCUACUGGGGCGGCAUCUCGCCCGACGGAAAGAUUGCAAAGAAGUACAAGACGAUCGAAGUCGAGCGCGAGGAGGCCAAACGGCGCAACUUGCCCCUCGGAGGCAAAAUGACAGUGAUUGCCAAAGAGGACGUUGAGAAGUUCUACGACGACUUCUAUCUGUUCCUCGCCGAAUCCGACGUCGACGGCGUCAAGACAGACGCCCAGUUCAUGAUCGACAUGUGGAAGAGCGCCUCCGUCCGACACGACCUAAUCAACACGUAUCUCGACGCCUGGAGCCUCGCCUCCCUCCGCUACUUCAGCGUCAAGACCAUCUCGUGCAUGUCGCAGAUCCCGCAGGCGCUCUUCAACUCGCAGAUGCUGCCGGGCCGGCCUCCCUUGCUUGUCCGCAACUCGGACGACUUCUUCCCCCAGAUCCCCUCGUCGCAUCCCUGGCACGUGUGGACGAAUGCGUACAACAGCAUCUUCAUGGAGUAUCUCAACGUCCUUCCGGACUGGGACAUGUUCCAGACGGUACAUGAUUAUUCUGGCUUCCACGCUGCUGCGAGGUGUGUCAGUGGCGGGCCGAUUUACAUCACGGAUGUUCCUGGGCAGCAUAACAUGGAUCUGAUCAAGCAAAUGACGGGUGUGACUCCCAAGGGAAAGACUGUCAUCUUCAGGCCGAAUAAUCUGGGCCGGGCCAUCUUUCCAUAUAUCGGCUACGACGACGAUUUGCUUCUCAAAGUGGGAAGCUACAACGGCCCAGCAGAAACUGGUACACCAAUCGUAGCCAUCUUCAACAUCUCAGCACGUCCUCUCACCGAACUCAUCCCCCUCUCUUGCUUCCCGGGCACCGUAUCGUCACAGCACUACAUCGUACGAGCACACGUCACGGGCAAGACAUCUGCGCCCAUGAAGCCUGAAGACGCAGCCUCGCUCAUCGCCGGAUCCUUGGACGUUCGAGGAUAUGAAAUUUUCACAGCUUUCCCCGCCAUUCCGUUAAAGGGGGCCGACCACGGAAAUAUUUGGGUAGCGAGCCUGGGGUUGGUUGACAAGAUGACCGGAGGUGUGGCUCUAAUAAGCAGCAGCAUCGAAAUGAAAGACAACGGAAGAGUGUCUGUUGACGUCAAGCUGAAGGCUUUGGGCGUCGUCGGCGUGUACGUAUCUGCGUUGACUGAGGUGUCCAUCAAGGGGAACCUGAUGGUGAUGCUGCAGAACGUGGCGGUUCCUAUAGAGACUGUGCAUCGCUCAAAGCACGACCCUCGUGUGCUCGAGAUCGACAUUGAGACAGCCUGGAAGGCUCUGAAACUGGAGGCUGGGUUCAAGGACGAAGUCGAAGUCAAGGUCAGCUUUGCCGGUUAG